AGUAUUGGUGAGGGUGGCUUCUGGGAAGGAACUGUGAAAGGACGGACUGGUUGGUUCCCGGCAGAAUGCGUUGAGGAAGUGCAGAUGCGACAGUAUGACCCACGGCAAGCUUUCCCCAGGGUCGCAGGGACGAGGUUCAGUGGAGGAUCAGCCAGGCACAGGACUGUGAGGAUUCACGUGGCGGCCUCAGCCCCCGUCGUACCUGUGUCCAUCUCCAGGAAGUCUCUCUCGGGAUUAGAAACGAGAGAAGACAGGACAAAGCGUCUCUUCCGACAUUACACUGUGGGUUCAUAUGACAACUUCACCUCCCACAGUGACUACAUCAUCGAGGAGAAGACGGCCGUGCUGCAGAAGAGGGAGCAUGAGGGAUUCGGGUUUGUGUUGCGAGGGGCCAAAGCGGAGACUCCAAUUGAGGAGUUCACCCCGACUCCAGCCUUCCCAGCGCUCCAGUACCUGGAGUCAGUGGAUGUGGAAGGUGUGGCCUGGAAAGCAGGACUUCGCACGGGAGACUUUCUGAUUGAGGUGAAUGGUGUGAAUGUGGUAAAGGUAGGGCACAAGCAAGUGGUGUCGCUGAUCCGGCAGGGGGGAAACCACCUGGUGAUGAAGGUUGUCUCCGUCAGCCGCAAGCCAGAAUCAGAAGAAGUCGUCCGGAAGAAGGCCCCACCGCCUCCCAAGAGAGCCCCCAGCACCACCCUGACGCUGCGCUCCAAGUCCAUGACGGCCGAGCUGGAGGAACUAGCCUCGAUGCGGAGGAGAAAAGGGGUCACUCUUCGAACGCCAGGGAAUGGCAGCUCACUCGGGAGCUCUCCCGGGGGCCGAGAAACCCCACGUGUCCCUACGCAAAGGAAUUCCCCGGACAAAAUCUGUAGGUGAAGAUGAAAAACUUGCUGCUUCUUUGAUGGAUGGGAAAUUUCCUCGGAGCACGUCAAUGCAAGACACCGUCAGGGAAGGGCACGGAAUCCCACCCCCACCUCAGACGGCUCCACCCCCUCCUCCGUCUCCAUAUUACUUUGACACAGGCCCUCCCCCAUCCUUCUGUCCACCUCCACCUCCGGGAAGGGUUUAUGAUACCAUAAGAUCGAGCUUUAAGCCAAGCCUGGAGGCCAAACUCCAUGGCCUCCCCCAGGUUAUCAGUGCAGCUGAGAUGUAUGACCAGGCAAGGACUUCUAUCCCGUAUCCUGAAAGGCAAAAGAGAGCCCGAUCCAUGAUAAUCCUGCAGGAUUCCUCUCAUCUUCCUGUAGAGCCAACAGAGAUCCCCCGGCCUGGCCCUUCCGCCACGCCCCCGGAGAAGCUGAAAAGGAAAGGGCGAGUGAUUGAUAACCCUUACGCCAACAUGGGCCAGUUCAACGUUAGCCUGUUUGCUCCCACCAAGCCCCAGAGGAAGAAGAGCCCUUUAGUGAAGCAGCUGCAAGUAGAGGACGCUCAGGAAAGAGCAGCUUUAUCCAUCGCAGGAGGCUUUACGCGGGAGCCCUCUCCCACGCGCCGGAGCCAUCGCAUGAGUGGCAUAGAGUAUCAGCACCACGCUGGCAUCGCUCAGGUUGACCCCUCGAGCAUCCCCUUUGCCACUGCCAUCGCUGGAGUCAUGAAGGACAGAGAGCGUCGUCUUGAUGAGAGGCGGAAAUCCACUGUCUUCCUCUCGGUUGGGGCCAUUGAAGGGAGCCCCCCCAGCAUUGAAAUGCCAUCCCUGCAGCAGUCCAGGUCUAUUGAUGAGCGGUUGCUAGGAAGCCGAGAUGUGCUGCUGCCUUCACCUGUCUCAGCUUUAAAGCCAUUAAUUAGCAGCUCAUCCUCAACAUUCAUCCACCCCCUAACAGGAAAGCCCCUAGAUCCAAACUCACCACUGGCGCUUGCGCUGGCCGCAAGGGAGCGGGCCCUGUCUACUCAAGUCCCAUCCAGGUCGCCCACCCCAAUCCACAGCCCAGAUUCAGACCGAGCAGCACCCCUGUUUGUGGAUGUCCAAACCAAAGAACCAGAAAGGGGGGAGCUAGAGGGCCUAGUGUCACCUGCAUAUUCGCCUGGAGCCAAAGGGGCAGUAGGAGCAGUUCCUGGGACUUUGGCCCCUACGAAAAGCCACUGGGGGACUCCAACAACACUGAGAAAAGAGACUGAGACAAGAGCAGAAACACCUGUGAAAGAAGAGAAAAAACACGAAGACAAGAAAUCUAUGAUCAUUAGUAUUAUGGACACAUCACAGCAGAAGACAGCCGGCCUCAUCAUGGUCCAUGCAACAAGUAAUGGCCAAGAGGAGAUAGGACUUGAGAUGAAAGAGGAGAAACCCGAUGUUCCUGAAGCAAGUGUGGAGCCGGCAGAGCUGCCCAAAGCGGAGACUGAGCCCAGCCCUGUGGGAAAGUCUCCGGUUAGCCCAGCAUCUGACAAGACACUUGGUCAAGGAAGUUCAGAGGAGGAAGUGGAGCCCUACACAGUUACCCUCCCACCAGCUCAGCUGUCUUCAAGUGAUGAAGAGACCAGGGAGGAACUGGCCAAGAUUGGGCUGGUGCCUCCACCAGAUGAGUUUGCAAAUGGGGUACUAGUCACCACCCCUGGCACACCAAUCAGCCAACUGGCUAAGCCUAGCACGCCAUCCAUACCAGCGGCAGCAGUAGCACCUUCUACCACUGGUGGAACACCCUCAGGGAAGCCCUCUGAUGCCCCCGUAGCCCCAGAGUCUGCUGCAGACUCAGGAGUAGAAGAGGUGGACACCAGAAGUUCAAGUGACCAUCACCUGGAGACCACAAGCACCAUCUCUACAGUCUCCAGUAUGUCUACAUUGUCCUCUGAAAGCGGGGAGCCUACUGACACAUACACUUCCUUUGCGGAUGGACAAACUUUUAUACUCGAGAAGCCACCAGUGCCUCCAAAGCCAAAACUCAAGUCCCAGCUCAGCAAGGGGCCAGUUACUUUCAGGGACCCACUUUUGAAGCAGUCUUCGGACAGUGAGCUCAUCUCCCAGCAACAUGCGGCUACUCUGGCUUCAGCCAGUGUUGGUCGGCCACGCUACCUCUUUCAGAGAAGAUCCAAGCUAUGGGGGGACCCCAUGGAGAGCAGGCCAGUCCACGGGGCUGAGGAUGACAAACCAACUGUGAUCAGUGAGCUAAGUUCCCGAUUACAACAGCUGAAUAAGGAUACACGAUCACUGGGGGAGGAACCUACCGGGCCCCCUUUAGAUCCUGGGAAGAAGUCACCUGUGAUCGCAGCACGACUUUUCAGUAGUUUAGGAGAACUCAGCACCAUUUCCCAGCGGAGCUCCGGAACCACCUACACAGUUCGACCUGGCAGCCGCUACCCUGUAACCCGACGUACUCCCAGUCCAGUGAAACCUGCCCUGGAUAGGACAGACCCUCUCAGCACCGUGCGGUCCUAUGGAUUGACACCUCCCACCAUCCUCAAAUCUUCCAGCCUCUCCAUCCCGCAUGAGCCCAAGGAGGUGCGCUUUGUGGUGCGGAGCGUGAGUGCCCGGAGCCGCUCCCCAUCCCCCUCGCCCUCUCCCGGGCCCCCCCUGCAUACUCUGCACCCACCGCGGCCCUUCAUGCAGAAACCCCUCCACCUGUGGAACAAAUACGAUGUAGGGGACUGGCUGGAAAGCAUCAAUUUGGUGGAGCAUCGAGACAAGUUUGAGGACAAUGAGAUUGAGGGCACACACUUACCUGCCCUCACCAAGGAGGACUUUGUGGAGUUGGGGGUGACACGUGUGGGGCACCGCAUGAACAUUGAGCGAGCACUCAAACAGCUGGUAGACAGUUGACCAUCCUAGGCAGCGCUGGCCUCUUCCAGAGCCAACUUAUGGGGGGAGGGGGGCAUUUCUACUAGACGAAUAAAACCAAUUUGAUUCUCUUUCUAUUCUGACCACUGCACUGAAGGGCGAAGAGCUGAGGAGCGCCCACUCACUCCAUACACCCAGAGCCCCAGGUGUGCACAAACACACACAGACACACGCACAUGCACACACACAAACACAUGCUCAGCCCCCACUCAACCCUGCACCAGCCAACACCGCCUUUGGGAAAAGGAAUGUUGCAUGAAAUACACCCUCUUUUCUGUACUCCUAAAGAGUCAGGCCUGUAUAUCGCUUGAUGUGCCUUUCCCCAGGGGCGCUGCUGGUGGCAGGAGGGCAGGGGGCCAUGCCCUCGUUGGCCCAUGCUCCCCAGUCUGUGGUAGAACUUUGUUCCCCUGCGUGGAGCCAGCUGUGGAAUGUAUUCUGAUCAAAGGGCUGUGGAGGGGAGGGCGAGUGGUCGGUGUUACUGGUGCAAAUUAGCUCAGUUUAGGGUGAUGGGGCUGUCAGCCGUGUUGCGAUGGUCGUCUUGUGACCCGGGAACUGAACUGAUCUGUAUGUGAUACAAGGUGGGCGCUUGUUUGAAUGUUGGUUGAGUCCCCCGUUUCCUGAGUCACAGCAACCAGAGGCCUAGGCUACAUCCUGCCAAACUGCCGCUCACCAGUCCCGCGGGAGUGGCUACCUGUCUAGGAGGCAGGUCAGGGGUCCUCUGUGAUCAGUGGGCCAGGUGGCUGGGAGGCGCCCGGAGGAGCUGCUGAAUAGCACGGGAGUGGUGAUGGGAGUCUUGGAGGGGCCAAGUGGAGAGUGGAGUGCUGGCACUCACACGGCCCCUGACGCCAGCUCAGAGACUGGUGAGGGCAGGCAGGCACCGAGGUGCAGGUCCCUAGGCCCAGCAGUGCAGUGGGAGCGGCGUCAGGGGUUCUGGGAGCAGGCAACCUGUUUCCCAAAGGCUGUGAGCAAAGCCUGCGCUGGCAUGCGGGCGCCUGACACCAUUGGUGGGCUCCAGCUCAGACAGGUCCUAGUGGCUGCUACAGCAAGAAGGGCCAUUCUGAUUCAAUGGCCAAGAUGCAUGGCUGGGAAAGCCCCUUCACCCUAGGCUCCUUCAGCAGCGUCCGCCCCAAAGCGGAGCAAGCCUGUUGCCAUGCAAACAAGAAAACGGGGAUGGCCUUGCCGAGAAAGCCGAGCCUUUGGACUCUGUGUUCCUUUGCCCUAUUGCCCUGGGCUGCCCUGGUGAGAGAGGAAGUGAAGCCGCAUGGAUAGAAGCAUGUUUGGGGGAUGUCCGAGGGAGGCUGGUGGGGAAUCAAGCAGAAAGUGCUUUGCCAACGUUCAAAGGGGGUGGGGGGUGGGGGGAGUCUUCUUUUGCCUCUUGGUUUGGGGUCUUGUUUCCAAGGGGGACACAUUGAUGGCUAAUAUAUAAUCUCCGUGCAUUUAUGUAGAGCAGCUGAUGAUCAACAAGAGAUGAUGCUAAACUCCAGGAUUCCCAUGCCGUCCUAGUCAUCCUUAUUUUGCAUCUUUUUAAUCAGCUAUAUAUUUGAAAAGAGAAGAGAAAAAAUAUCUAUAUAUCUAUAUCUGUAGCACCUGAGUUUGUUAGCAUUUUACUAAAUCUCUGUAUCUCUAGACUUACCGAGCUGCUCCCUUUCCCUGGGAUGCUCGUGACUUGGUGAGUUUUUAGUGACUGAACGAAUGUUAAAGUCUUUUCAAGAAUCUC